CUAAGUUGGAUCUCCUGUCUCCAGUGAAACCCUCAAUCCCGUCCAAAACUAAAGGGAUGUGGAGAGUCCGGAAAAAGGGCUACUUUGGGAUCUGGCCGUUCCCCUUAAUAAUCGCCGCUGUCUGUGCGCAGAGUGUCAAUGACCCUAGUAAUAUGUCGCUGGUUAAAGAGACGGUGGACAGACUCCUGAAAGGCUAUGAUAUUCGGCUGAGACCAGAUUUUGGAGGUCCCCCUGUGGCUGUGGGAAUGAACAUCGACAUCGCCAGCAUCGAUAUGGUUUCUGAAGUCAAUAUGGAUUAUACCUUGACAAUGUACUUCCAGCAAGCUUGGAGAGAUAAGAGGCUGUCCUAUAAUGUAAUUCCUUUAAACUUGACUCUGGACAAUAGAGUGGCAGACCAGCUCUGGGUGCCUGAUACUUACUUCCUGAAUGAUAAGAAGUCCUUUGUGCACGGAGUGACUGUCAAGAACCGCAUGAUCCGGCUGCAUCCAGAUGGGACGGUCCUUUACGGCCUCAGAAUCACAACCACAGCUGCCUGCAUGAUGGACCUGAGGCGGUACCCACUGGAUGAACAAAACUGCACCUUGGAAAUUGAAAGCUAUGGAUAUACAACUGAUGACAUUGAGUUUUACUGGCGUGGGGAUGAUAAUGCAGUAACAGGAGUAACCAAGAUUGAACUUCCACAGUUCUCUAUUGUAGAUUAUAAACUUAUCACCAAGAAGGUUGUUUUUUCCACAGGUUCCUAUCCCAGGUUGUCCCUCAGCUUUAAGCUUAAGAGAAACAUUGGUUACUUUAUCCUGCAAACAUACAUGCCAUCUAUCUUGAUCACUAUCCUCUCCUGGGUCUCCUUCUGGAUUAAUUACGAUGCUUCAGCUGCAAGAGUGGCAUUAGGAAUUACAACUGUGCUAACAAUGACCACUAUCAAUACCCACCUCCGGGAAACUCUCCCUAAAAUCCCUUAUGUGAAGGCCAUUGACAUGUACCUGAUGGGGUGCUUUGUCUUUGUUUUCAUGGCCCUUCUGGAAUAUGCUUUGGUCAACUACAUCUUUUUUGGGAGGGGACCUCAACGCCAAAAGAAAGCAGCUGAAAAGGCUGCCAGUGCCAACAAUGAGAAGAUGCGUCUGGAUGUCAACAAGAUUUUUUAUAAAGAUAUUAAACAAAAUGGGACCCAAUAUCGAUCCUUGUGGGACCCAACUGGAAACCUCUCCCCAACUAGACGGACUACCAAUUACGAUUUCUCUCUGUAUACGAUGGACCCCCAUGAGAACAUAUUACUGAGCACUCUUGAGAUAAAAAAUGAAAUGGCCACUUCCGAGGCUGUGCUGGGACUUGGAGACCCCAGGAGCACAAUGCUGGCCUGCGAUGCCUCCAGCAUCCAGUAUCGGAAAGCCGGGUUACCCAGGCAUAGUUUUGGCCGAAAUGCCCUGGAACGGCACGUGGCACAGAAGAAAAGCCGCCUGCGGAGACGCGCCUCCCAACUGAAAAUCACCAUCCCCGACUUGACUGAUGUGAAUGCCAUAGAUCGGUGGUCCCGCAUAUUCUUCCCAGUGGUUUUUUCCUUCUUCAACAUCGUCUAUUGGCUUUACUAUGUGAACUAA